GCAAGCGAGCGGCGCAUUGAGACGCGACGUCUAUUGUGUAGAAGCGGGCAUCCGGGCGAGACCGCGUACGCUUCCUCGUGAGUAAAAGGAAGCAGCAAGCGUUGCAUACAUCCGCUCAAGAGCAGUGAGGCGGCUGGGCCGGCGCCAAUAAGCGUUCUUUCAAGACGGUAGCGCCUCCACAACAAACACGCGCUGCUUGACGGAUCCUCGAUCAGCCGGGCCGUUCGUCGAGAACGCGUGGAAGGUAUUCCCUGCCGUUAGAAGAUGGCAUUCCUUAUCACAUUCGCUUCUGUCGUGGUUGUCAGCCUUGUUUCAAGCGCACCUGUCGAAAACAACGUCAAAGAAUUUCCUGACAAUGUCCGAAGACGCAGCAAACAACACCGCAGCUCACGAUGUACCCGAAAUAACGAUCUUUAGAAUAGACAACCGGAGUGACAAGGAAAAGUUUCUUGAAGCAAUCAGAAGUGCGAGGAAACUGUGGAACGGCGACUACAUGUACCAGCGGGACAUUCGCAUUACCAAGGCGCAGUUGGAGCACAUCUACGGGGUGGACACCACGAAGGACGAGACGUUCUAUGCGUGGCCCAACGCAACGGUGCCAUUCGUGAUUGGAAGAAAAGUUCACGGUUUUGCGCGAGAAAUUCGCGACGCAAUGCGACAGUGGGAACAAGAAACCUGCGUCCGCUUCAUUGAGAUAACGCAGGAGACCGACAACAUGGAUCACGUUCGCUUCGUGCAGUCUCGCUGGGCUUAUUCCUAUCUGGGAAAGCAAGGAGGGCCACAGAAGGUUGGAAUACCUAGCAUCUAUUUUCCCGACACGCACUACGUCCACCUCCUCGGUCACACCCUCGGUUUACGGCACACACAUGCCGACAGUGGCCGGGACGCUUUGUACCACGUGGCCUGGGACUCGGUGCCGGACCGGUACCGGUACAACUUCGACAACGAGAGUCCCGCCUACGGAUCGCGUACCAAGAUCUCCGCCCUGGAGUCGGAGUUCGAGUUCGACUGGAGCUCCGUCAUGGCCGACGAGAGCGAGAGCGUAGAUGGCGACGUGGACUUCAUGCUCCAAGACCGAAGGGUGGUGUAUCCGGCGGACCCGUUCUACCUGUACCGAACGACGUCGACAGAACGCGCCUCUUUUCUUGAAUACAAGAAGGUCAACCAACUCUACAAAUGCAAUGAGAGAUGUCAGAACGUCAACAAAAGCCGAUGCCAGCGCGGCGGCUACGUGGGACCCAAGUGCAGCUGCGUGUGUCCGCCCGGUGCAGUCGGUGACCACUGCGAGCACAGGACGACCAAUGCCAAGGCCGGCAUCUGCGGAGAAGUGCUCCAAGAGAACAAGACCGUUCGCUUUGUUUCGCGACCUUCGAGUUACCAUUGCACGUGGUGGAUCAGGGCGCCGCAGGGAGAGCAAGUAAGCGUCACGUUCGCCGACUUCUCUGCAGACAACUCCACCCACAGCGUCGGCAGUUGUGACUUGUACUUCGAGCUCAGAAACCACGACCUCUACAAAGGGGAGAGGUACUGCUGGUACGAGCUACCUCUGGAUGUGCCACUGUACGCGAAGGAGAAAGAUUUUCUCGUCGACUACUUCGGCUCCAAGGACGCGAACUUUAAUUUCACUCUCACAGCGACGGUGUACACGUGAACAUGGGUCGACGCGUAGUGUUGUCCAAACAAAGUGGACCUUUCGAAGCAAGAAGGCUACGGACUGUUCUGUGCACUUUUUUUUUUUUUUUCUCACUUUCAAGAACGUGAAGACUUGUUACGCUGCUUGCAUUUUUUUUUUUUUAAUGGUACGAAAGAAAACGUCUUUUUCGCCCAGCAUCGGAAACAAAGUUUUGGUUCGAUGUGUGGCGUGAAGUACGUCCGCGGUGUAAAAUGCACCGGCGAACGCUGGCUCUCGACCUCGUGUUUACCACGGAUCCAAGCGUCACCACUGUGCCCAUCGGUCUUGCUACGGUAGUUUGGCCGGCGCUCGCGACGCUAUACGGACCGAUGUUGCAGUUAGGUAAAGGACGACUUCCCAUGUCAGCAGGGCAACGCCAUGUUUCUCGGGACAAGCGCUUUUCUCAACUUUCUUGUGCCUGUCCUUUUCAAAGAAGGAUCGCGCCAUGCGCCGUCGUCGCCCCCUCGUACCUGUCUCUCUUUCCUGACAUAUAUACCAGAUGUUCAAAAUUAAGCUUUACGGAAUUUUUUGAAAUCGCCUGUGGCACGUAGCAUAAUUCUUAUCAUUGAGCUGGGUUAUUCGAAGAGGCGGGCAUUAGUAGCACUAGAAAUCGAAACACUUGUCCAACUAAUUAACAAAAAUUCACUAAUUAACUUCCUAGUUAAUUACUUUACGAUACAUAUUGUAGCCGGUGAGUUUGCAAGACGCAUCUACUUGAAAUGAAUUUCCAGGAUGACACCAGUUUCGAGACAUUUCCCAAAGUGUGGGACGAAAUAUAAGGGCGUUCCAGUUACUUUUGUGCUUCAGUGUAUAAAACAGCCCAUUUUGGUAAAAAAGUAAGUGGAACAACGGUGCAUUUUUACGGCGAGCUUGAUGGCGCAAAUCUCCAAAUUGGUGUCAUUCUGGAAAUUCAUUCCCAGUGGAUACGCCUGACAAGCUCACCAGCUACAAUGCGUAAAUUGAAAUGUGUGUCGUAAAGUAAUUAACUAAGUUAAUUAGUGAAUUUUUGUUAAUUAGCUGAAUAUGCGUUUCGAUUUCUCGCGCUACUAAUGUCCGCCUCAUCGAAUAACCCCAGCACAACGAUAAGAAUUAUGCUACCUGCCACAAGUGAUUUCUUAAAAUUCCGUAAAGCUUAAUUUGAACACCCGGUAUACUAUCGCUGUCAGUAGUUUCUAUCACUGCCAUAUCUCUCCGUUUCAAUAUCGCUGCUGUGAGCACAAGACUAUCGCUGAUACACCGAGACUCGGUGAGUAGAAAAUACAUUUUAUAAAAUGUAUUUUCAUUUUAUAAAAUAAAAACAAAUGUGACACGAAGAGGGCGUCGGCGGAGCAGCCGCAUUAGGCGAAAAGAUGUCAGUGAGAAUAAACAAUUAACUAUCGGCCAAAACAGGGACGGUAUAAUGUAUUUAGCGACUCCUUGCGCUCGAUUCUGUGCCACGCCGAUCAUCCACCGUUCAUGGCCAGCUGAUCGCGUUACUAACGUGGGCGGCGCGCCACUCUGACUACUGACGAAGCACGACAAGAAAUGACUUGGCAUCGAAUGACUCAGUUUGCAUGUGUCCUCACGGACAGAGCUUCUCACCGUGGUAGUACCCAAACAUGGCGGCACCGAUGACGUCAGCGCAAAAUAUAUUAUCACGCACGCGUAAGUUCUUUUGCUUUUCGACAGCGACCGUUUUUCACCGAAUCACCACUGUUAUCAAUUUGUAGCUCGGCACAAGACGCGCCUGUCGUGUUGUCAUCGUCUCUUGUUUACGCAGAUUCGCGACGUGAUAUACGAGUAGUAGUAUCCCAAUAUGGCGACUACGAUGACGUCAAUGCAAACCAUUUAAUCCUGGCGUCUUUCUUGAUUCAUUUAUUACAAUAUAUUACAUAACCACGGCGAGCGAUUGAACAUUUCAAUACGCCUCAAUAAGGACUGAAUUAUUUAUAUCCAUCAAUUACCUACAACUUUGAACGUGUGCCCCGCAGGAAUCCACGCGUACGCGAUUUUUGUCAUUACAGGUGACCAAACCCUUUUUUUUAAGAAACCAUGAAGAACGCUCCAAACGAGAUAAUUACAGGUACAGAUAUAGGUAAGGGGCCCGCUCAAAGCGGACGGCCUCAAAGCAGUGACAACGCAUACCAGUAAAUCAUCAGCAAAUAUGCACCCUUUACACACAUGUAUAAUACGAGUUAACAGAUAACUUUUAAAGACAAAUACGAAAUGUAUAAAGAGAACAAAUUGAGAUGUCCUAGCAUAAACACAUGAGUGACGAGUACUGAAGCAAAGGCAGCACUUACAAGGGCACAUUUUCUAAUGUAACGGUCCGCAGUCCUACUUAUUGCAACACCUGCUGUUGUAGUGAAACAAGCGCACCUGCUUUGUAUUUGUUCACGUUACAGGAGAGGCAAUAGUUGUGCGCCGGGCCUUAGGGACUGGACAAUCGCCCAGAGCAAAAUAUAUUGUAAGGAAUCUAAGGAGGGGCAUUAGGAUAGGCUGUCUGGUUUCUAGAAUGCCAGAAAUGUCACUCUUACCGUGAGCGAAGGCUGCGAAAGACCUGUGGGAGACGCCCCUUUGAAGUUCCCGCACCAACUAGAUUCCCGUGACGUAGAUGGAUGGAUGGAUGGGUGGAUGGAUGCAUGGAUGGAUGCAUGCUAUGAGCGUCCCCUUUGAAACGGGGCGGUGGGUUGCGCCAGCAAGCUCUUAUUUUGUGUAAUGCCUCACCUAUUAAAAAGAAAAACGAAUUGCCAGCAUCAAAUUUCCUCAACCACAAUUGAGAACUUUGGUUUUGUACGCCUCCAUUGUUUGUGAUCUCCCUACUUUUCUGCCGCCAAACUUCAAAUCGCCUCUUACUAAUCUCUAGUGCGGACAUGUUUACUUUCCCCCCUGCUAUCGCUCAACCAAAGGGCUUCAAGGAGGCCAGAGGAGGCUAGACCAAGCGCUGGGCAGAUAUCUUCACAUUCUGAUAAAACAUGUUCCAUCCUUCCCCUAGCUUUACGGCAGCAAGCGCAUGUUGCUUCUUUCUUGUUGUACCUCGCUUUAUAAGGAAGCAUUAUAAAGCAUCUGCUUCUCGUUUCGAAAAGUGAACAGCUUCCCUUUGAGUUAUCAUAAAAUGUUUCUUUCCUGAUUUCGUUUUUUUUUUUUUUCUCUCUCUCUUAUAGGUAGUUACUCAUAGCAGGUUCCUUUUCCAUUGCUGCCACUGAUGAGAUUGUCUCAGCCGCUCUGAUUUUGCGUUUGACAUUCUUUGUUGCCUUGUUACUUCGCAUACUUGCUGGUAAGCUUCCUAGUUCUUUUCCUCCACUAUGAAUCAAUGUUUUCACUGUACAAAUAUCUGAACACUCUCUCAGCCCAUUUACUUUCGUCCAUAUUCCUCAGUCCUUCUUCAAAAUCAAUUUUACCCUGAUGUUCCCUCCCUUCAAAACUUAUCCAGCCCAUAUCACGCUGCACAGCUUCAUUUGUAGUCUUCCCGUGAGCGCCCAAUGCGAGGCGUCCCACUGACCUUUGGUUGCCAUCGAGUCCUGAUUGCACCCCUGACUUCAAGCAAACAACCGCAUUUCCAAAUGCAAGUCCUGGAUCCGUUACACUUUUCCACAUACCCCGGUGCACCCCAUACCUGUUGUAUCCCGAUAGUGCUCUGUGUUUCAUUAUGGUCGUAUUUACCCUUCGCCGUGGGACUCCUGAGGCACUGCGGGCGAUCAUCCACCGGGCCAAGGCCGUCGCCGAAGACAUCACAGGGGCCCUGGACUAAGGGCUCCUCCCCUUGCCCCUAUACCCCCUUCCCC